UUAAAAUUGACUUAUCAUUCCUGGUCAAGAGAAAAAAAAACAGCAUUUGUGUGUUCAGAGAAAUGGUUUAAGGUUACACGGUGACCCAGUUAUAUAUGUGGUCUCGAUACAUCGCGAACAGCUCGCCCAUUCGAUCUAAUUACCUAAACACUCGGAAACAAAACUAUACAUAUACACCUCGAUUCUAUUUCUCCCCGUCGUGCAGUGAAUUAAUUCAAGAUGCAAGAACAGGACAUCAAGAACGUCUUCUGCAUGGUGGGUGGGCAGGGGGAGUCCAGUUACAUCAACAACAGCCAAUCUCAGUCCAGAAACCUGAAAAUGAUGCUGUAUGCGCUCGAGGAGACGCUGGACAAGAUCCAUCUCCCUCGCCGCCGGCCGCCGGGGAGGAAGCCUCUCCUGGCGGCCGCCGACCUGGGAUGCUCCUGCGGCCACAACACGCUCCUCAUCGCUGAUGCGAUCGUCGACCACGUGACCAAGCUGUGUGGCACCUCCGGCGGCAAUGGCGACGCCGCCGCCGCUGAUCCGGAGUUCUGCUUCUACUUCUCCGACCUCCCGAGCAACGACUUCAACACGCUGUUCCACCUCCUCCCGCAGCACGCCGCGGCAACGGCAGCGGCCGCGGGUAACGGCCGGCGCUACUUCGCCGCCGCCGUACCUGGCUCGUUCCAUGACCGCCUGUUCCCCGAGCAGUCUAUCGACGUGUUCACCUCCACCUUCUCCUUGCACUGGCUCUCUCAGGUGCCGGAAGGAGUUGCCGACAAGCGAUCGCCGGCAUACAACAAGGGGAAGGUGUUCGCGCACGGCGCCUCCGAGGAGACGGGCGCGGCGUACCGGAGGCAGUUCUGGUCCGACGUGUCGCGCUUCCUAGGCUGCCGCGCCGUCGAGCUAAAGCCCGGCGGUGCCAUCUUCGUCGUCUUCCUCGGACGGCCGUCGUCCACCCGCGGCCCCACCGACCAGGGCUACAUGGUGGAAGAGUACGGGGGCUUGCUCGAGGACGCAUGGGGCGACCUCGUCGAGGAGGGGGUGGUCGACGGCGAGGAGAUGGACAGCUUCAACGUCCCGCUGUACGCCGCGACGGUGGAGGAGUUCAGGGAGGCCGUGGACGCCGACGGCUCGUUCGAGAUCAACCGGCUGGAGCUCGUGAUGGGAAGCCUUCCCGCCGUGGACGUGGGCCCCGCCGACCGCGGCGCGGUCGGGCGCACGGCGGCGAACUUCUUGCGCGCGCUGCUCGGGCCGCUCGUCGACGCGCACGUCGGCAGGGCGGUGGCGGACGAGCUGUUCGUCCGGGUGCAGCGCCGCGGGGAAGCGCGUGCCGAGGAGCUCGUCGACGGGAUGCGCUUCCCGCAUAUCCUGUGCUCCCUUUCGCUGGCGUGACCGGAAAUUGAAGUACGUAUUGGACGGUCUUAUACGUAAUGUUAUUACUCCUAUUUCAUUAUGAAGGAAUAAAAAUGUUUGUGUUUAGUGAAUUUAAUUUGGGCCUAACUAUGUACUGUUGGAGACAGCCCGUGAACAUUAUUGUUGGGCCAAGUAGGCCUUGAACGUUCCAAUGAAAUCUCAUUAUAUAGUUUA